GGCGGCUUGACGGCGCUGCACAUGGCUGCUGGUUACGUGAAGCCGGACGUUGUUGCUGCGCUGGUGGAGCUCGGCGCUGAUUUCGAAUUGGAAGACGAGAGAGGUUUAACGGCCUUGGAACUAGCCAGGGAGAUUCUGAAGACGACGCCUAAGGGGAAUCCGAUGCAGUUCGGGAGGAGGCUUGGGUUAGAGAGAGUGAUCAGUGUUCUGGAAGGACAAGUGUUCGAGUACGCCGAGGUGGAGGAGGUUGUGGAGAAACGAGGGAAAGGCAAAGACGUUGAAUAUCUGGUCCGAUGGAAGGACGGUGGAGAUUGCGAGUGGGUUAAAGGUGUACACGUGGCGGAGGACGUCGCCAAGGAC